UAUGACGACUGUGUCGACAUCGUCUCCAACUUUAAAACGUAAGAAAAAAGUCACUUUUCAACCGGAUGAUGUACUGGUAAAUAUCUUGGAAAUACCACGUGAUCAAUCUUCUCCUAUUCAUAUUCAUUCUCAACAAACUCUAAAUUUUAGCCUGCAAAGAUUGAGUUUAAAUUGGAAUAAUCCUUUGCAAAGAGUAUACGGACCGAGACCUGGAGCCGCCGUUCCAAAAUCACCUCAGUUCGAGAGUAGAAGAAGUUUAAGGGCAAAUUCUAUGCAAAGUCAAUUUUCAAGUCAAAAGAUCUCAAAGCCUGUUAUAUCACCGUCAAAUUUUAAUAGGAUCAUCUCUCGCCGAACUCAGGAGUCAGCCGAAAGAAGGCGUUUACAUAACGCUUGGCAGAAAGAGGACGAAGUCGAAGAGAAUAUUACCGAAUUACAAAAGAGUCCGCUACUAUUUCGGCCAAGAACUGCUAUAACACCUGGUUCGAGGUCCAACUUACCAAGACUCCAUUCUAGCCCUUAUAAACAUUCCAGUUCUUCUGGUCAUCAUUCGAACUGGAUGGAAAGUUUACCGAGCAAAUCGUAUAGAAUUGACUCCGCUAACUCCAUCCGUUCGGUAAGAAGCGAUAGCGUUCUAGUUAAACGACCACAGAACUAUUUUACCGUUAAUUGGAAGUUGUAG